UCCCUCCAAAUACAAUUUAGUUUCGAGCUUAAUCUCUUCCGAUCGACAUGAAAUCUUUGAUAAUUUUGUUGUUCGUCAUCGUGGAUUAUGCAACGAGCCACUGUUUGGUGCAAAAUUCCGUCAAAUGUGCCAUCGAGGAAAAUCUUGCUGACCCCGUUUGGCUUCACGAAAUUUGUCAAAAAACCCAAAAAGAAAGCUUGGAAAGCGUUUCAAUCGUUGGUGUCGUUCAAAAUGACUUCAAAACUUACCGAACUUUAGAAAAUUAUUGUGAGCACGGAACAAUUGGGAGACUCAGUUGGAUCAAUUACACGAAAAUUAUCGAACCGAUACUCAAUAGUCGACGUGUUAAAGUGAACAUUCCUCGCGUGACUCGUGCCAUAAUUGAUGGUCAACCAGAGUUGCUGCUUAAACGGGAUCAUGCCACGGAUCACGAACUUCAACUGGAAGUCCUCGUUGAACAUUUGCCGUUGCGUUAUGAGUUGCGUAACAUCCAACGAACCGCUUGGGAAAACGUCACAAGACAGGAAAAAGAAAUUUUAGCGGAAGCUUACCUUCGAAACGACGACGAAAAAUCAAAAAUACUCACCCAAAACCCUUUGAUCGUCACAAAUCACAGCAUUUUUCACAUUUUCCCCUCAAACAUCGCCGAAGGAAGCGAAAUGCGCCUUUACGAAAACGAUCAAAUUAACAGAAUUGUUGUCGGACAUCCGCGAGACUUGCAUCAAAUUCGCGAAACGAUGCGCAUCAGCAAACGCAUGGCUGCCAAAUCGCACACUUCAGUUCGUGUCGAAGGAAUUCCCGCGAAAAUUUGGUACGAAAUUACGGGAGAUUUGACGCUCGUUUAUUCUGAUUUUAAGGAAGAACGGAAAUUGCUGAAAGCGCAAGUUAUUGAGUCGAAAAUGAUCGAUAUUCGACAAGUUGGGUCCUCGAUAAGUAGAAUUGGCGUUUCUUAUGACGAUGCAUUGAACGGAGUUGAAGAUCCGGAAGCACGUUAUCGAACUUUUAAUAUUUUGGCGAUUUGUGCGAGUGUUUUGUUCUUUGGAACGAUGCUCGUGGUGUUCACAGAUGUCGUUUUGAAGUUGUUGCGGAUGAGGAAAGAGAAGAAAAUUGCUCAUAAAAAAAUUGGGAAUCAUCUUGAAAUGAUUUGAAAUUAUUUUUAAAUUAAUUUAUAAUAAUAUUUUUUGAAAAAUUAUUUUUAAAAAAUUUAAAACAAUUAGAAAAAAAAAUAAUUUUAUUUAUUAAAAAUUUUUAAUUAUUUUUUUAUAGAAAAUUUGAGGAAAAAUUUUUCAAAAAAUUUUUUA